UCGGUUGGGCCGCACGCGUUGCUUCUCGAAUCUUGUGAUCGAUAAGCAAUUAAGAUUUUAUACGUCACCAAGUUUAAAUCCGAACGUUGAAGUGAACAGUGCAAAAACAAAUGUUUCGUGCUUAAACACUUGGACGUCCAAGGUCAAAUGUGUUAAAGUGAAAAAAUCGGAUAAUCUUCAAUGUUUUGAUAUCGUCACGCUUGUUGGUUGUUUUUUAUCGGUACUUAUUUCCGUUAAUGGUAUUGGAGUUAACUAUAAUUGAAUUGUGAAAUGUAUAUGGAAGAGAACAGUGUGCGGUUCAAUUUCGAAAAUAGUGUGAAAAAUUUAUGAUGAUAUAUUACUGAAAUUAAAAAAGGUGCAAUAAAUAGGUGGUUGGAAUAAUAUAAUUAAUAUUUCAAAGUGGCGAAGUCAGAGUCUCGUGUUGUGUUAGUGGGUGAAGGUGACAGCGAUGGAUGCUGUUGUCCUGGCAUGAGGAUCAGUGAUAUUGGUGGAGUUCUCCUUGAAGCUGCAAAGCUAACAAGGUCCUGGUUCUGUCAAAACCCUGCUUACGGCUUCACACAGAAAGUCGACGAAGAGGAGGGUGGUGGUGGGGUGGCGUUACAUCCACCGGACGGAUUUUACUCUCACCAGCACAGCAUACAUAGCGGACAUCAUGCCCAUCAGUCAGAGCCUGACCGGGGCUAUAUGGAGGGCAAUCGAUACGUCACAGCUGUACACCGACCGUUACCUGCACUAAAUCACUCCAACUCGUCAUGCUCGUCGGCGUCCAACGCGUCGACGGGCGCGGGGCUGUGCGCGGGCGCAGCGGAACCUGCGCCGCCGCUGUACAUCGCCGCACCGCCAGAGGGCUUCGGGUUGGCUGUUCAUACCAACAGACGGGGCACAGACGUUGGGAUCAUUGGCACAGCAGGAAUAACACAAAAAGAUCCUAGUUUGCCACAAAAACGGGGCAAAUUGACCCGAGGUCGCUAUGAAAUGUCCCAAGAUCUACUGGACAAACAAGUCGAGAUAUUGGAAAGGCGAUACGGAGGGCUCAGGGCUAGAAGAGCAGCAGUUACAAUACAGAGGGCCUUCAGAAGGAGGCAACUUUUGAAAAAGUUCAGCGCGAUCACAGCUAUGGCGAAGGCGGCCGACUCGAAUUCGAGAAGGCAUCAAGAUGGCUCUGACCAUUUACUUGUUAACGGCAAUGAUAUCUACGCGAACACUCUACUGCAGAAAAGUCCGGGCAGCGCUGAAAAAGUACUCGCGCUAUCAAGACCGAUGCGAUCCAUGUCCUUACGUGAAAGGCAUGAUAUUGACAUGAGCAAUCACAUGCCACUCGAUCCUCAAAGCGAAGUGGAAGCGAUGGUCGCUCGGGUGCAGCAGUCAGCUCACCAGAUACACAUGAUAGCGUCCGAGAUACCGCCGCAUCAUCGUGGCGAUGCUGACAGCGGGGUAUGCAGCUGUUCAGUGAGCGGCUCAGUGACGAAUAUAUCAACAUCCUCAUCCCAUAAUGAAUCUCUACACAACCAUCAAUUGUUAAAUAAUACGGGUCCCAUAUAUGGUAACCUGCUCUCGUCAGGCGGUAAGCCGCUGUCAUCACCCACCGCUCGUCAGCAGCAGCAGCUCGCCGCGAUACAGGCGGCCAACGCGAGGCGACACCCACCAGAAGUACCAAAGAGGACCAGCAGCAUAACACUCAACGCGGAGAGCCCGGUGUCGCUGCGUCGCGCGGAGUGCGUGGGCGCGGUGGUGCGCGGCGGGUCCAUGUCGUCCGUGCAGUCGUCGUCGUCGUCCUCCUCGCAGGAGCACCGCCACCACUACCACCAGCCUUACCAGCCGAGGGCGCCGGAACCUCAUAUCCACAUCCAAGAACAGCAGUUCCAACAACACGCACGCACGGCGUCCGGCACGUUGUAUGAGGGGGAACGAUACGCGGUCUGGAAGAGACAAGAGGCCCCGCCGUACUACGAGGCUCCACCACCCACCACCUGUUGCCGACCGCAGCAUGACCACCACCCCCAUACGCACCAACAGCCUCUUAAAGUAUCAGAAACCGUUCGUAAACGUCAAUAUCGAGUCGGAUUAAACUUGUUCAAUAAGAAACCGGAGCGCGGUAUAGCUUAUCUGAUCUCCCGCGGGUUCCUCGAGAACUCUCCGAGAGGAGUUGCCAGGUUCCUCAUCACGAGAAAGGGUCUCAGCAAGCAGAUGAUUGGGGAAUACUUGGGAAAUUUGCAGAGUCAGUUCAACAUGGCUGUUUUAGAAUGUUUCGUGAACGAGCUCGAUCUCUCCGGAAUGGCAGUCGACGUCGCUCUACGUAGAUACCAAGCGCACUUCCGAUUACCGGGCGAGGCGCAGAAGAUAGAACGACUUGUCGAGGCCUUCGCUAGGAGAUACUGUGUGUGCAACACUGACUUUGUGCAGAGACUGCGUACACAGGAUACGAUAUUCGUGCUAGCGUUCGCAAUAAUAAUGCUCAACACGGAUCUACACACUCCGAACCUCAAGCCCGAGGCGCGCAUGUCUCUGGACGAUUUCGUGCGGAACCUGCGCGGUAUCGACGACUGCGGUGACAUAGACCGGGACAUGUUGGCCGGGAUAUACGACAGGGUGAAGGCGAGCGAGUUCAGGCCGGGAAGCGACCAUGUGACGCAGGUGAUGAAAGUACAAGCUACCAUCGUUGGUAAGAAGCCUCACUUGGCUUUGCCGCACCGUCGUUUGGUCUGCUACUGUCGUCUCUACGAAAUACCCGACAUACAUAAGAAGGAACGACCGGGAGUCCAUCAGAGAGAGGUGUUCCUCUUCAAUGAUCUCCUUGUCAUAACGAAGAUCUUCAGCAAGAAGAAGUCGUCUGUGACGUACACAUUCAGGCAAUCGUUCCCACUGUGCGGCAUGCUUGUCAACCUCUUCUCUGUUCCGCAUUAUCCAUUCGGAAUACGUCUAUCUCGUCGCGUGGACGGUCGCAGACUGGCGACUUUCAAUGCGCGCAACGAACACGAUAGAUGCAAGUUUGCGGAGGAUCUUCGGGAGAGCGUCGCUGAGAUGGACGAGAUGGAAGCCAUGAGGAUCGAAUCCGAACUCAACCGCGGGAAGGGGAGGAACACGGGAAACGCCUCGAGGAACGUAAUGGAGAAUCGUGAUAGUGGCGUGGCGGACGUCGAAAUCGAUCACCAACAAUGCAUGGAUCAUGUACAUGUUCACGGUGUGGUGGUACCCCCACCACCGUCAUGUCCAGCCCCGUCAGCGCCGUCACGACUGUCGCAGAACCCACCACCAACAAGUAUCAUCAAGCGGAACGUACUUAGCAACUCGCUCGUCGACAUUAACGAUCCCGUCGCUCUAGCAGCGGAGCGCCUGCAGCGACGGGGGUCGGUGGGCUCGCUGGACAGCGGCAUGUCGGUGUCGUUCCAGCACGGCAGCCGCACCGCGCUGCACGCCACGUCGCCGCGACACCCGCCCGAGCAGCGCUCGCCCGGUCGUUUGUUCGGAGGCAUAUUUCCUGGUCGUCAACGGAAAUUGAGUGCAUCAGGCGUCCCGGACACUAAGCAAGGACAAGUCGGAAAGAGCACAGAGGUUUAAAGAUCAGGAAUCGAUUCGAUGUCGAUUAUUUACCGAUUUCUUCUAAACCUUAAAAUCCCAAAUGGAUUUGUUUAACAGAAGCAUAUUUGCAUUCGGGUUUAAUUUUGGCAAUAUCUUUGAACUAUUGCGAAUUAAAAAUGCUUUUUUCCUAAACGAUUAUAAUCGAAUAAGCGUUGCAUAAGAUUGAUAUCUGAUUUUAUAUCUUGCUAUUUAUAUUGUAACCGGUUAGACGUUUUUGAUAUUAGCUAGUUCGGGUUUUCUUAAGUGCCAUCUUUUAUGAUAAUUUCGAGUCCCUUUGAAACGGGAGUAGACUUUAUUUAAGUGCAUUACAUAAAUCUUAAUAUUUGCAAUUAUUCGAUAUAAUUAAGAACGGAUAAUUGAAUUAUAAAUUAUAUGAUACGGAAUAUGAUUCGUAUUUCGGUUUAUGGAUUUUGGACAUAUUUCAAUACUUGAGAAAGAAUUUUAGGAGUAUUAUAAGGUGGAAGAUUAAAAUUCAGGGUAUAAUCGAGGCGGGGAAACAGUUUAUUAAAUGUUUGCAUUAUACUAGACGUGCCAAUGAUAUAUAAAUAUCAUUCGACUUUACAUUAUAACAAUUCAAUACAUAAUAUUGACAUAAUUCUCUUGAAUUUUUUCAUACGUAGACUCUUUCGUGAUAUAAGAUUUAUUUUUAAAUAUUGCGGAAAGGGGUUAUUCGGAUUUAACAACGAAAUAAAACGGAUUAUAUAAGAUAUUGGGGCCACGUAUUCGGGAAGGUUUUCGAGAAAUUCAAUUAUUUUCUGAAAACUUUUGGAAGGUAGAUGUGGUUUAAUAUAUCGUUGAGACACAGGGUUAUGUAACCGAAAUUCGAUAGGAUUGUUUUGCAUUGAACUAAUGACAUUCUUGAGGACAUAGCUUAGAUAAAAUUUAUUCGAAAUAAUAAUUCAAUGUUUAUUUAAAAUACGAUCAUUAAACGUAUAAUCCAUUGCACGUUACCAGCCGAGAAGUAUUAAAGAUUCGUUUAAUAGAAAAAAGAAGUUAAUAUUAAAUCAAAUUUUUAUCUUUUUUUUAGAAUAGUUGUAAAUACGUUCAGAAUAUAGGAUACCAUAGAUAAUGUAUAAACAUCACAUUAUUCUUAAUAUUUCUUUCGGCACAAGGCAUUUUAUUAUAACGCAUAAAUUAUAUUAAAAAUAUUAUACGAUUUAUUGUUGAAAAGUUAUAGAUAUACAUUAUCCAGUAAAUUAUAAGCUUUUGGCGAUUAAAGCCGUACAAAUUCAUUUCCAUAGAGUUUUUAAAAACCUUUAUUCUAUCGAAUCCUGAUCGGAUUCUGUCCAUAGAUUUAUCCUACGCCAAAUAAAAUUUCUUGUCCAUUUAGAUAAAAACAAAAGUGUCCUAUAUUGAAUUAUCUUUAUAUCGACAAUAAUACGCUAUUCGUUUACUCAAAUGUUGCUAAGCUGUUUUAUAAAUUGAAAAAUAAAUAUUUUAUUUCGUGAAUAAUAUUCGCGUUCCCGAAAAUCUCUAUUCUUGGUUCAAAAUUAAUAACUGUAUUUAUUGGAAUAUUAAUUCCGUCAAGAAUUCCUCAAUAUUACCCCCUAAAUGAAUUUAAGUUAUUUCGUUACCAGACUUUCUUAGAUUACCAUUAUUUUUGAAAUAAUAAUGCUGUCUUUUUACUGUACCUUUCUCUUUCUUUCGAAUAUUUUCUUAUUAAUUUACAAAUCUUAUUUAAAUUAAUUUACCAAAUUCUUUUAACCUACCAAAUAUUAUCUUAACGCGUCCAAUCCUUACUUGAAUUUUCAUUCCCUCGUAGAAAAAAAAAAUAUAACAACCUUGCUUGUUUCUUGAAAACGGUUUGGUUUAAAUUGUUGUUCCGACAUAAACAUUUCUAGAGCUGAGAAUGUAGGAGAGUAUUUAGCAAAUUUGCUAAUCUUUAAUGUGAAUUUGUCAUCUACGUGAUCGACUGAAAAUAUUUGUACUCCCACUUUUAAAGUUUUCUAUAUUAAUUAGUUAAUAAUGUUGACUUUGUAUCGAUUGUGUAGGCUUGUUGUUUCUACUGAUUGAUACGUGGGUAGAUAGACAAAUAAUUGACUUGUUGACAUGGAUAUUGACUCUUAUUUCGUGGGUGUUAAGGUUUGGGUGAUGAUGUUACGGGAAAUGUACUUAGGACCUAUGGUAAAUUGUUUGAAUGGUAAUGUUAAUGGAAACGAUUCCUAUAGACAGGAUUAUUCGUAUCAUUGCAUUAUUGAUGAUUUACUUCUUUCGAAAUUUAAUUCAAAUAAAUUUAAUGAAAUUUUUCUAAUUCAAUUUUAUUUACAAUUUUUUCUUCUAUAGUGAUUUGUUUCUCCUUUCAGCUAAUUGACUUUCUAAAUAAUGUACGAUAACGUAUACGUACCGUACAAAUCUGAAUGUUCUGUCCAAUUAAAUUAUUGUACUGUUGAAUCUCCAUUAUUAAUCGUAUAUUGUAAGUUUUUUUUUAUUUCAAAUUUAAUAUUGUAGAGUUUCGAUUGGUCACAAGGAUUUUGAUAAAUGUUUAAACCAAUGAAAUUGUUUGAAUUUUGUUUACAGUAUUUUAGAUUUGUUUUGUUGUCGUUUAGUAUGGUUAACAGAGGCGAGUAAUAUAGUUGUUUUUUUUUUAAAUUAUAGAUAAAACGGAAAAAUAAAAAUCUUUUUGUAAAAUGUUUGUGGCUAAUCCAUUCUCGUAUGAAUAAAAAAUAAAUCCACGUUUGUGCUAUUUCUAAUCUUAGAGUAAUGCAUUAAUAUAAAAGGAAUUGAUCACUUGUUUUGUCGUUGGAUUUUGAACUUUAUUAUAACGUAAUAACUUUAAAUAUUGUGUGCGAGGUUUGUUUGUGAUGACUUCGUGUACGUAUUUCAAGCGAGAUGCGUUUUUUCUCUUGAAGAUAAUUGAGUUUGUACGCCUACUUGCGUUCUAAAUACGAAUUUGAAAUGUAUAUUUUUAUCCAAUAUAGCGCCAAUUGCAUCAAUUAAAUAAUAACCCUUUGCCCUUACAAUAGAAGAUCAAUUAAUUGUUUAAAAAUGUACAUGAUUGAAAAUGUUUAUAGAUAGUGUAAAUUUUUGGAGCACUAAAAAAAUAACAUUCGUAUUUGGAACGCAUCUAAAGUUUGUGUGGAAUGAUCUUUGUAUUGCUUUUGUAAAUUUCGCUUGAAGCCAAAGAUGUAUUUUUGAUUGUGUUCACUUACUGCUCCAAUGAACGUGUGUUUUUGCGUUAAAUUGUAUAUUUUUUCUGAAGUUGAUUUUUUUUAAUAAAUCAAAACAAGAAGUGAAUUUAUGUUAUCUGUAAUUUUAUUAAUUAGAUCCGUGUCACAUUAAGCUUAAGUAUAAUAAAAAAUAUUAUAAAAUUUAUCGACUAACAUUCAAUAUAUGGAGACUAAUUUAAAAAAAAAAAAACCAGAUUAUAUUAAAGAACCGAGUGUGACAUGGGACUUAAUAAUUAGUUUGAAAAGUUUAAUUUUCUGUAAUAUAAACCAUACUAACUUAUAUAACUUGUAUGUAUAUUUUAGAGUUUGUCAUAUAUAUAUAUUUUUAGUUGAUAAUUGUUAUUAUGUAGUAUUAAGCAAUAAACGCGUUCGGCGUCUCCCUGUACGUCUGUACGUUGUAUCAUAAUGUUGUUGAGAGUUGCUACAACUAAGUCACUUACAUUAGUUUUAUUUAAAAAAAAAACAUGAAAAUGUAUUUAUUUAUUAAAUAUGAAUUAACAUUCAUGAGGGUU